AUGCUAUGCAUAAAUCAUUAUAGAAAUAAUGUGUUUUUACAGCCUUCAGUUAGUAAAAAUUUGGAAAACACAUUUAAAUUGGGCGAUAUAAGUGGAAUACAAACUGACAGAAUAUUGGCAAAGCAUGAAGUUAAGAAAAACACGAAACAUUGCAAAUUGAGGGAACAAAAAUUUGCUAAUGGAAAAAAUAUGAGAACAAAAAAUGAAGAAGACAAAACACAAACAUAUAAAAAUACAAAAAAAGAGGUAUUAAGUGAAUUGGAUACUUAUAUGCGAAGUUAUGUAUCUAGAUACGAAAAAAGGAAAGGAUUAGAGAAUCUGGAUUGUUUUUGUGAAAAAAAAGUAUUUGAUAUAAUUGAUAAAAUUGAUAAAGCAAGAAAAAGUAAUAAUAAGAAAUUAAAAAAAAAAUUACAUUUGAAAUACAGAUUUUGUUUUGUUACCACAUGUCUAAUUCCAUUUCUUGGAUUAAUUUUUCCCAUUUUAGAUAAUAUUAAGUUUAACACUACGACUAGUGGAAGUACAGGUUCAUGUAAAUCUAUAUUGUGUGCAGCAGGAAUAUCUGUGCCAAAUCAUCUGUUAAAAUUUUAUUACAUACAUUAUUAUAAUUUUAUUUAUAUAUUUUCAUUAUGUGUGUAUGCUGAACAAUGUAUCCAUUUGUGCUUAUUAGAGAGAACAAUAUAA